AUGGAGUCCAAAAUAUGCAAAUCUUCGUUAAUUAAGACCCUUACUGGAAAGACCAUAACACUGGAGGUUGAGAGCUCAGACACCAUUGACAAUGUUAAAACAAAGAUUCAAGACAAGGAAGGAAUUCCUCCAGACCAACAAAGGUUGAUUUUUGCUGGAAAACAACUGGAAGAUGGUCGAACACUUGCUGAUUACAAUAUUCAAAAGGAAUCCACACUCCAUCUUGUGUUGCGUCUUUGCGGAGGUUAUAGAGAAGAUGAAGUUUAUCCAAUAAUUAUUAGGACAUAUAAGGCAGAAAUAAUAACCCUAGAAGUCAGAACUUUGUUUGAAAUUGGAAAUAUUAUAAAAACGGUCCAAGAAAAAGGAGAUUAUAGGGAUAGGUUACAUUUGUUGUUAGAUGGUCGCCAUCUUGAAAAUGAUAAACGUCUUUCUGAUUAUCACAUUAGAAAAAAUUGGGUACUUCAUCUUAUACGACGAUAGAAAGAUGAAACUACUGAUUGAUAUAUAUCUAUCCUUGUCUAGAAUCUGAUUGGUAAGAGUACUAUUUGUUUUGGAGGUAGAGAAUUCUCAGAAUAUUGAUGGUGUAAAGCAAAUUAAGAUUGAGAAUAUAGUGUUGUGUACGUUGUCUAUCAUUUGGCUCUAAUCCAACUUUCUUUAUAUCAAGAAGCAAAUAUUCAAAAGACUGUUUUGGUGUAAUGCUUAAGUUUCUGGUGAUUGAACC